AUGACUGAACUGAGCACUUCAGCCUUCCCUUCUGUGUUCAGUGCAGAUAUAUUUUAUGGACAAUAUAAUUGUUCGGAAUUACCCUAUGAUGAGAUUGAUGAUUUAUUUGAACACAUGGAAGGAAUUGUAGAGAUCAUCUUUGGUAUAAUUUCCAUUAUAGUUCUCUUCAUUGUCAUGUUUGGGUUGGUGGGGAAUGGAAUAGCCAUCUGGUUCCUGGGCUUCAUCUUUAAGAGGAAUCCCAUCACCACCUACAUCUUGAACCUGGCUCUAGCUGAUUUUGGUGUCCUUGUUUCUGUGAUUCUGUGUAUGUCAUUGCAGCUGUUAGAUUAUCCAGCUGACAAAUGGGCCAUUUUGGCUUACCUUUUUCUGUUCACAUACACCUGCAGUCAAUAUCUUCUGACAGCCAUCAGUGUGGAGAAAUGUCUCUCUGUCACCUUCCCACUCUGGUAUCGGUGUCACCGGCCAAGACACCUAUCUCCUAUUGCAUGUGUCCUAAUAUGGAUGGUCAAUGGGAUUGAGUAUUUAGUGCUUACAGCCGGUUUUGGGGUUAGUCCCAUCACUUCAAAGCACAUCAGUUUGGUGAACUUUGUAUUCUGCACCCCCCUCUUGGUCAUCUCAACUCUGACUCUGCUUCUCAAAGUUCACUGCAGCUUAUACCGCACUCGACGAGGAAAGCUCUACACCGCCAUCUUACUUUCACUCCUUUUCUUCUUGGUGUUUGGUGCCCCCUUAAGCUUUGUUCUCAUGUUUCAUAGUUUUGGUUCCAAUACUUCUGUAACUGUUAGGUCUAUUGUUUUGCUAUGUGCACCUGUCAACAGCAGUAUCAAUCCACUGAUUUACUUCCUACUUGGGAGGAAAAAGAUGCGCCGAUCCAGAGUAUCCAUCAAGGUGGUGCUGCAUCGGGUUUUCAGUGACAAAGAUGAAUUAGCCGUGCAACUGUGGGUGCCGGCACUGGCCAACUCCGCGGUGCAUUUUUGGUGCGACAACCAGGCUGUGGUGCAGGUGCUCAACGCCCAGACUUCUCGGUCAGCACGGGUGAUUGGUCUGGUGGACAGGUUCAGGGAACUAGCGCCAGACGCUCUGCCGGAACUGGAGCCUAUGCCAGACACCCUGUGGCAGCUUGGCAAGUAG